UCCUGUGAGCCUCUGCCCCUCCUUUAUCUGCUGUCUUUGCAGCUGUACAACUGUUUCAUCAAACCCUUCACUUCAUCUCAGAACCAGAGAGAGAGAGAGAGAGAGAGAGAGAGAGAGAGAGAGAGAGAGAGAUGAGCUCGUAGGGAAUUCUCAUGGCGUGAAAAUUAAGAAAAGAGUCACUGUUCUUAGGAUGCUAUCAGAUACCGCCAUAGUGCCAUAUUUUAGUAUUCCUGAUGUUAGAUUAUUCUUGUCUGCCUAGUGGGCAAUUUUUUCCCUUGUUUUUUACUUGUUUUCUGUAAGAACACUCCAGUGGUAGCGGACAAGAUUUUGAGAAGCACAUACACGACCAGAUCCUCCAUUAUUUUUUUUGUUUUGUUUUUGUUUUCACAUAAUCAUCUGUUCUUUUUUGGGUCCAAAAACCAAAAUGUGUCUCGCCCAUCCACGCCACUGGAAGCAAGCAAAAGCCCAAGAACACGUUUAUGCAUCUACUCGCAGCUAGUAUUGCCUGUUAUUAUUAUUAUUAUUAUUAUUAUUAUUUUUUAAAUUUUGUUAUGGUGUGUUUUGUUUCUGCAUUGCCUCGAUUCUCUGACCUCCAGAUUUGAAUCGGGCAGUCUCCUCAUUUCUUCCCACCUCUCUCUCUCUCUCUCAAACCUGAAAGUUGAAACCUCUUCAACUCUUUCAUGGCACUGCCUCUCUGGCCAUUGCUUCUUCCGCUUAGAAACUGAUAUCAUCUUCGACGAUAGCGAGCACAACCGUCGGCCAUGGCACAGUUGCGCGAGCUGCUGAAAGAAGAUCAAGAACCAUUCCUUCUCAAGAGCUACAUCGAAGACCGACGUUCCCAGCUCAAACGCCCACCAAGAACCUCCCCCUCGCUCCAACUACAGCUCAAGAAGCCAAAACCCAUCUCGCAUCGUGCCCCGAAAUCGUCGUCGAGUGUCUGCAAGAGAGUCUGUUUCUUCUCCCACCAAGCCUCGCCGGACCCCAGAAAGUCCCCUCUCUUUGACUUCCCGUCUCCUUCUCCUUCGGCCAAAUCCUCCAACCCCAUUCUCCUCCACAUCCCGGCCAGAACAGCCGCUCUGCUUCUCGAGGCGGCUCUCAGAAUACAGCACAAGGGCUCUUCAUUCCCGAAGUCGAAGACCCAGCAACAGAACCACGCGAGCUCCGGCAUCUUGGGCUCCAUCCUGAGGAGGCUGACCAGGCGUAACCGGUCCGGUCGGAAGCGAGAGAUCGGAGCGACGAACGGAACAAAUGAAACAAGACAUGGUUCGUGGGAUUCGAGGGAGAGUGUGACGUGCAUCUCGGGGCAAUGCCGUACGGCGUCGUCAGAGAGCGUCGAAGAUAAGUCGUCGGAUUUGGAGGCUAGCUCAAGCAGCAGCAGCCACUCUUGUGAAGACGGAGCUAUUGAUGCCGAGCACGCUGCCAGCUUCGGCGAGAGCCCUUCGCGGCCGUCCUUGCGGAGGUGCUCGUCCUCCGGCGACCGUACACCGGAGUUCGCUUCUCCGGCUCCGUCGCCGACGCGCCGCGAACAUGAGCAGGACAAGGUGGAUUGCGAAGCAGAGGGGCCGAAGAGAUCCAGAGCCAAAGAGGAGGAAGAGAAGGAACAGUGCAGUCCGGUGUCCGUGCUAGACCCCCCGUUCAACGAUGACGACGACAAUGAAAGCCACAACCCCGAGGACGAGGGUGAUUUUGACUACGAGUGCAGCUAUGCCAUCGUGCAGAGAACAAAGCAGCAACUGCUGUACAAGCUUCAGCGAUUUGAGAAACUGGCGGAGCUUGAUCCAAUUGAGCUGGAGAAAAGAAUGCUAGAACUGGAAGCUGAAGAAGAUGACGAUGACGAUGAUGUGGAGACAGAUGUUAGUGCAACCGAUCAAGCAGGUUCAUUCGACACAACAUUGAUCAAAUCUGAUGGGUUCAUUAGAGAAGUCAUCGAACUAUGCUUCACCGAUAUGAGAAAGGUUCCUAGUAGCUUGGCAAAAUUGGUCGCUGAUCUUGUUGCCGAGGAGGAGGGAAAAGAGAGUAAAUUCGAUGAAAAGCAAACGGUAGUGAAGAGGCUGUAUAUGAGGAUGGAAUCGUGGAAGGAGGUAGACUCUAGCACAAUAGAUAUGAUGGUAGAAAAUGAUUUCAGGAUGGAACUCGAUGCAUGGAAGAUGAAUCAGGAAGCCGUAGGAGAGAUGGUGGUAGAGAUUGAACUUGCAAUUUUCAGCUUAUUGGUGGAGGAACUGUUGCAGGAGCUAGCUUGACGAAGCCAGUAUUUUAUGCCUAAAACAUCUAUUUUUCUUGACACCCACUUCUCUGAACUUCGAAAUAUCGUACCUACAGCACAGCGCACUUAGUGCCAACAGAAUUAGAAUGAUUUAUGCUUGCAUAUCGGCAAUAUAGCAGCUAGGAUAAACUGUAGCACUUUCAUUUUGUUACUUCAGUUCCACACUUUGGAGCUGCCUAGGUUCUGGAUCUAAUGAAUUCAAUGGCCGGUGAAUGAUCAUAUGUAAUUGCAGAAUUUUCACAGUAGGAGAAGAGCUAUGUAACUUAGAAGAGAUAUCACAUGUACCAUAUCCUGAUCCUGAUCGACUUCUCCAAUUCAGUUUUGAACUAA